AUGGGGGGCCUGAUUACGGAGGGCUUUGUGGAUGUGCGGUGUCCAUCGAGACACUGGAUGUCCCGUGGCCACUCCUAUGAGGAGCCAACUGUGAGGAACCCGAAGUACUGCGUGGUUGGUGACUGUCAGAUGCUGCUUCUGAGCGAGGAGGUGCAGAUCCGUUCCUUGUUUUUGCAGGAGAGGCGCUCUGCGUCAUGCAAGGGCCAUCUUCUGCGACGCACCAUCAGCGUUCCGGUGGAAACGCAGUUCCCAAAAUUCCACAGCCAGCUGUCCACCGAGAGCGGUGAGUAG